AUGCCGCUCAACAUUCCCGUGUUGGUGGUGAACUACCUACUCUCGGUGAUGUCGGACGCCUCCUGGCAGAAGUUGGUGGACUCGUACAUGAAGGUGGAGAUCGCCUCGGUGGAUGACGUCCUGGAUCCGGACGCGCUCCCAUCCGGUGCCAGCAGCGUCGGCAGUUGCCAAUUUCCAAUUGCCAAUUGGUACUAUUGGUUGAAUGUUGGAUGGUCCGGCACGGAUUUUGAUCGUUUUCCUAUCCUGUGCGCAGGAAGAAGGGACGGGAAGGAAUGCCAUCCUCCGUAUGGAUGCUUCUCUACGGCCUUCCCCUGGAGGUCCGCACAGAGACCGGAGGCUUUGUUCCCGGAACCUCCGGAGGUCAUCCGACCAGUCUUCUGCCUUUACACCCGCCGGAAUCCGACCGAAUGCUACCGCUUGAGGACGAACGAGACUCAGAGGCUGGAGGAAUCCCCGUUCGACCCGGGGCAUCCCGUCACGCUGCUCACUCACGGAUACCUGGAACACGGACGCAAGCCGUGGCUGAUGAGACUGACGAAGGAGCUGCUGAAGGCGAAGGAGCAGAACGUGGUCGUGCUGAGCUGGCUCGGGGGAUCCGGACCGCCCCACGCCCAAGGCGAAGCGAACAUCCGCCUCCUCGGGGUCAUGGCCGCGCACUUCCUCGCCUUCCUCGCCGUGAGACUUACGUUUUUCGGGGAGGGAAAGCGCUCGAGGGAGGCGGGAACACGAAUGGAGGAGGUACAUGUGGUGGGUCACAGCAUGGGAGCUCAUCUGGCCUCGUACAUCGGAUCCACGCUCAAGGUCUUUGGACUGGGGAAACUGGGUCGCAUCACAGGGCUUGAUCCGGGGAGCCAUCACUUCGAAUACGCUGAUCCUCGCGUGAGACUCGAUCCUGAGGAUGCCCUCUUCGUUGGGGUGAGACGCAUUCUGUGCGUCGUGACAGGUUUGGGGACACUUCAACCGUUGGGUCAUUUGGAUUUCUAUCCAAAUUCAGGGGCUCGCAUGCCAGGUUGCGGCCUCUCUCUUCAGGAUGCCUUCAGGAGAGAGACCGGCUCCGUUCUCAAUGUUUUGACGCGAUUUGUAGUCUGCAGCCACUUGAAGGCCUACGACUACUUCAUCGAAUCCGUCAAUUCUCCUUGCCCCAUGCUGGCCCUUCAGUGUUCGAACUGGGUCGAGUUCACGGAGCUGCUUCUCAAGUCCGGCCAAAGGUUCCUGGUUCCAACUCCGGAUAUCGGGGAAAUCCAGGAGAUUCUCGUGGAGUUGGAACUCGGAGGAACGGUGAGGAACUCCACAACCAGGCGGUUCCUCUCCCAACCCAGGAUAAUCAUCGACCGAGUCAUCGUUCAGACCCUCGAGCACCGCGCCACGACGUGUUGUGAGCGGACCCGAGUGAAGCGAGUUGCGGCAUUUCAGCCCCUCCCAGAAGAAUCCGAGGCAACAACUCGAUGCGCCGACGGCAGCCUCAAUGCCAUCGCCCGGAGGGCCGACGACGAGUCAUCGAGGGCCGACGACGAGUCAUCGAGGGCCGACGACGAGUCAUCGAGGGCCGACGACGAGUCAUCGAGGGCCGACGACGAGUCAUCGAGGGCCGAAGUCGUGACAGGCGUCCGUCACGCGAGCGUCACCGUCGAUGAUGAUGGAUCCGUCUCCCUAAAAAGGGUCACGUGA